AGCGGAGAGCGACAGAUAACCAGAGGCAGGAGUACCGACACUGUCGACAUGAAGCGAACGUAGCAUCUUCGCGCCCGCUCCAACAUUGUGUUUCAAUUAUAUGCUAUAGCCAACAUUAAUAAUUGUUUUUAGCGUGUAAACCCCGUUUUGGCGUUGAUGUCGGAGACUAUGGAAGUGAAUGCAUCCAAAGUGCUGAUUUCCAUCGCGCAGCUCCUGGUUAUCUGUGAAAUAGUGACCAUGACAGAGGGGCACUUCAAGACACAGAGGAAAUUCACUGAUGACAUUGAAUGGUCCUACACAGGCCAGCUGAACCAGAGGCACUGGGGAAAGAAGUAUCCGUUGUGCAACAGCGCCCGUCAGUCCCCCAUUGACAUCGAUGAGACCUUCACCCAGGUCAGGACGGAGUAUCGGGGCCUAAUGCUAGAGGGCUGGGAAAAUAUGACCUCUGGAACCACCUCAAUCAACAACAAUGGCAACACAGUGGUGCUGGACCUGGAUGGGGAAUAUUAUGUGAGCGGCGGCGGUCUGAGCGCCAGAUUCAGGGUGGGGCGUAUGGCGUUCCACUGGGGCCACUGCAACGCCUCAUCGGAUGGAUCGGAACACAGCCUCAACGGCCUCAAGUUCCCCUUGGAGAUGCAGAUCUAUUGCUACGAAUCAGAAGUGUACCAGUCUAUAGACGAUGCCCUUAAGGACGGAGGAAGGAUUGCAGCCCUGGCCAUCCUGUUUCAGACCAGCCUCGAUGACAACAUUAACUACAACACCAUCAUCGAAGGGGUCAACAGUGUCAGCAGAUUUGGUAAGACAGGGAGUGUGAAGGCCUUCUCUCUGCUGACCUUGCUGCCUAACUCCACCGAGCACUACUAUGCAUACAACGGCUCCCUCACCACCCCGCCCUGCUCUGAAACGGUCGAGUGGAUCGUCUUCAAACUCACCGUUCCCAUCUCUGAGUCACAGUUGGAGGUGUUCUGCGAGGUGAUGACCAUGCAGCAGGCGGGUUAUGUGAUGCUGAUGGACUACCUGCAGAACAACUACAGGGACCAGCAGCAGCAGUUCAUGGGCCAGGUGUUCUCCUCUUACACCGGUACCGAGGAGGUCCACACUCCCAUGUGCAGCUCUGAACCUCAGAACGUACAGGCAGAUGCCCAAAAUGACACAACCAUCAUGGUGUCAUGGGAGCGCCCCCGUGUGGUUUAUGACACCACCAUCGAAUGGUACUCGGUCACCUACCAGCGGCUGCAAGGCCAGAACCAGCCAAAACAUGAGUACCGUACAGACGGAGACCAGGAUGUGGGGGCCUUCAUCCCCAGUCUCCUGUCCAAUAGCAGCUAUGUGGUCCAAGUAGUGGCAAUCUGCACAAACGGCCUGACUGGACACUGGAGUGACCAAAUCAUUGUGGACAUGCCCCAGGAGGACCCAGAGACAGAGUCCGAGACAGAUUCUGAACAUGUGGAUAUAUUGAAAACACUGGAACCCUUGGAUACAUUAGAACCAUUAGAUCAGAACCAAAUAGAAGACAGCAGAACCAGAGAGGACCGGCAGCAGAUUCUACCUGACCAGCCCUCCUCCACUGCUGCUUCCCAGGUGACCUCAGUGCCGGUAGCACCAGGGACAAGAGAUGACCAGAACCAGAUAUACCAGAACCAAGAUGUCCCAUCCAAAGUAGGCCAAACCAAAGAAGGCCAGAUCAGGAAGGUCAAGAAGGAGCAACGUUUCCCUCCACACCGCCCGUUCACCAGCGCUUCCUCCAGCGGUAAGAGCGCCAUCUGGGUCACCAUGGCCACUGACCAUCCGGGCUUCCUGAUUCCUGUUGCCCGGGGGACCAGCCCGCCAUCAGUUGUCCGGCGAAUCACAGAGGAGGCCUCGUUGUCAUGGUCGCCGGGGACGAGCCGGAACCAAAACCAGGGAUACACGGAAGAGAAGACUGCUGAUUCCAGUGUGUUACCAGAAGAGGGGGAUGUAUACACUCCCCCGGUCGAAACCAUGGUUGUCACUGAUGUAUACUACGAGGAAGUUGUCAACAACACUGCCGCUGAGUUUGCAACUCCGCAACUGAAAACAACACAGAGAAAAACACCAUCACUGGAUAAUACCAUCUUGAGCCCUAGUCCCAAAGUCAUGAAAGGACAGGACAGGGGCUUGGUUUUGACCACCAGGCUUUCUGAUAAAACCGUUUCGACGGCCACCCCGCUACCACAGACUCCGCUGUCAAUAACAUCAACACCCUCUGUGCCAUGGAUCAGAUCCAGGACUUCAACUCCCAGCAACACCAUCUCCACGGCUCAUGGUUCCUCCACCUCAGGACUCAUCAAAAUUCUACAGCACACCACCCUGCCCAUGUUCACUGAGGGCAUUAACAGCAGCCAUGAGUCGAGGGUCGGGAUGGUGGGCAGUAUUGCUGAGAUGGAGAAGAGGACUGUGGUACCCCUGGUUGUGGUGUCCACUCUCACCAUCGUCUGUCUCCUGGUACUGGUGGCCAUCCUCAUCUACUGGAGAAACUGCUUCCAGACAACUCACUUCUAUGCUGACGACACAACUUCACCUAAAGUUAUCUCUGCACCAUCUACACCUCUUCUGCUAGCCACAGAGGAGCACGAGGCCAUCCCGGUGAAGCAGUUCGUAAAGCACGUGGCAGAGCUCCACCAGACCAAUACCUUCUCCAAGGAGUUUGAGAUUGUGACAGAGUGCUUUGAGGAGAUACAGGCAUGCUCGGUGGAGAUGGCCAUUACCACUGACAGCUCAAACCACCCAGACAACAAGAACAAGAACAGAUACAUCAACAUCCUGGCCUAUGACCACAGCCGAGUCAAACUGCUGGAAGAGGGAAAAGGUGGAGACUACAUCAACGCUAACUUUGUUGAUGGUUAUGAGCGUUCAAGGGCCUACAUCGCAGCCCAGGGGCCCAUGAAGUCUGGGACAGAGGAUUUCUGGCGGAUGGUUUGGCAGGAGAACAUCGGCGUCAUCGUCAUGAUCACUAACUUGUUGGAGAAGGGACGGAGGAAGUGUGACCAGUACUGGCCAACGGAGAUCCAGGAGGAAUAUGGUAAUUUCCUGGUCAUUCUAAAGGAGACCAAGACCCUGGCCUACUACACCCUGAGGACCUUUACCCUCAGAUACACCUCACAAAAGGCUUCCCAGAAAGGGCACUGUGCUGAGAGGACAGUGGUCCAGUACCACUACACCCAAUGGCCAGACAUGGGAGUGCCCGAAUACACCCUGCCAGUCCUCUCCUUCGUACGGGCCUCCUCCCAGGCCAGAACUCAGGACAUGGGGCCAGUCCUCGUACACUGCAGUGCUGGUGUAGGGAGGACGGGGACUUACAUCGUUCUGGACAGUAUGCUGCAGCAGAUCCAGGACCAAGGCACUGUCAACAUCCUGGGCUUUCUCAAACAUGUCAGAACACAGAGGAACUUCCUAGUUCAGACAGAGGAGCAGUACGUAUUCAUCCACGAUGCCCUGGUGGAGGCCAUCGUCAGUAGGGACACACUGGUGACCGCCAACCAAGUCCACUCCUACGUUUCGGACCUGCUGACUCCCGGGCCCUCUGGCCGGACGCGAAUGGAGAGACAGUUCAAGCUGGUGAGUCAACGAAUGGCCAGACCAGCUGACUACGCCGCUGCCCUUAAAGAAGGAAACGCCGACAAGAACAAGACUUCUUCUCUCAUGCCUGUGGAGAGAUCCAGGGUCUGCCUGUCUUGUCCAGCAGAGAUAGACGUUUCGGACUACAUCAAUGCUUCCUAUAUCAUGGGUUACAACAAAAGCCGGGAGUUCAUCAUCACCCAGUCCCCCAUCCCCACCACGGUGUCUGACUUCUGGAGAAUGGUCUGGGAUCACAACUCACAGCUCAUCAUCUCCCUGCCUGACACAAACGCAGCACCGAACGAGGGAGAGGGGACAUGUAUCUACUGGCCCAGGAAGGACCAACCAAUCAGCUGUGUGGGUUUCACCGUUUCAUUCUCUGGAGAGGACCAGAUCUGCCUGGCAAACGAGGAGAGAUUGGUGGUUCAUGACUUUUUACUGGAGGCCACACAGGAUGACUAUGUUCUGGAGGUCCGUCAGUACGUGUCACCCUGUUGGCCAAACCCAGACAGCACCAUCAGCAGCACCUUCCAGCUUAUAAACAUCAUUGCAGAAAACCGCAGAGGGAGAGAAGGAACCACAAUUGUUCAUGACCGUCUGGGUGGUUCGACAGCAGGGCUGUUCUGUGCCCUCACCACCCUGGCACAUCAGCUGGAGCAGCAGGGCUCUGUGGACGUCUACCAGGUGGCACGACUGACCAACCUCAUGAGGCCGGGUGUCUUUAAUGACAUGGAGCAGUACCAGUUCCUGUACAAGGCUGUGUUGAGCCUGGUGGACAGUCAGGAGGACCAGAGGGUCCUACAGUCACCAGAGACUAAUGGUUCUGUCCCCCUGCUAAGUGCCAACACUGCAGCAGAGAGCCUGGAGUCCCUCAUGUAAAACACACACGCCAACACUGAGAAAGACAGAAAUGGCAGCGAGAGAGCGCUUAUUGCCCUUUUUGUAUUAGGUUGAUCUUGCUUAUUUGCCAACUCCCAGGUUAUUCAAGUUGUCGGCAGAUGCCUCAAGUCAGUUGCAACGUGAACUAGCCGGCGCUAGCGCAAUGUGAAAAACACGCUUAGCUGGUUAUAUCAAUACAUGAGAUUAUGCAUACAAUUAUCAAAAUGAAACAUACUUUAUUUGACCACACAUUACAAAUGGCCACUAAGGGUCUGGUAUUCUGUGCCUUUUGUAAUUUAUGUUGUACUUUUUGAUACUGUCCUGUGACUAAUGCCAAAUCUUCUGUGCUUAAAAACAAGUGAAGGUGACCAAUGUCAUGCUUAAAGUUUGAUAAGGUUUUUGAGCUCAUUUGAUUUAACUAUCUAUACUUUGAAAAGUCUUAUUUGUACGUAAUUUACUUAAAAUUGUCCAAUUGAAAAAAAAAAAUUGUGGAUGGCUUCUGUAAAUACAGGUGUUAUACACAUAGAAUAAUACGUUUUAAAAGGUGAAAUUGUAUAUUAUCUAAUUUUAUGUAAAUAAUAGUUGACCACUAUCAAAAGGCCAAAUGUAUUUAUACUUCUAGAUUUUAUAUUUUACUAUGAAGUUGGUUUUCUAGCCAUUUACAAACUGCGUUGAUAACUUAGUUUGAUAAUGCAUAUAAUAUUUCUGAACACAUCGUUUGUCUUUUUUUUUUCUCACAAAGAGGGGUUGUGUUUGGAUGUUUAGGUUGUACUAGUCUCCCUAUAGGAACGAGUGCCAUUCACAAUGUGGGGUUGUGUUUGGAUGUUUAGGUUGUACUAGUCUCCCUAUAGGAACGAGUGCCAUUCACAAUGUAGACAGUAAGUGGUGUCCAAAUUGGGCCUACUGUAGGUCCAAGAUUUCCAGAACUUUAAACCCGAAGAGUAAAGACAUUGUUCAAACAUAAAACUCAGAGCACACUUCCCUUCAUAUGCCGUGUCGACAAACAUAGACCAGUUUAAGGUUCACGCUUUUAUUAAAGACUCUACUACAAAA